UGUGCCCCCCUCCUUGCCUCUCCCCUGCUCUCUCUCCCUCGCUCACUGUGUCUAUUAUUCUGUGUUAGGUUUGUGAAGCAGACUGACAUUAUGAAGAUGGCACGCAGGUUAAACUUGAUCUUUCUAAUUGUUUUGGGAACAAACAUUUUACAACCAGAAGCCCAAGAGACAGAGCCUUGUCCUGAGAGGGCUGGGCCUUCCGAAAGGGGGCGUGGCUGCCCGAAGGCCUGUCUGCAGGACCAGGACUGUCCAAUCAGGAGGAAGUGUCUCUGUGACGGAGAGUGUGGGUGGAGCUGUGUGACACCAGCUCGCUCCUGCCCUUGGCCCCUCUCCUCUCCUCACUCUGUCUCUCUCCUCCUCUCCCCCUCUCCCUCGUUCUCUGCUCUCAUUGAGGUGAGCUGUCAGGAAGGAUUCAUGAUGGCCGAUGGGCGCCAGGUUCUGAUUCGCCGUUGCCAAGGGGACCGACACUGGAGUGGGGCGGAGCCUUACUGUGUUUCUGUGUCUGAACCGACAGAGACCCCUCCCACUUGCCCCACCCCUGGGCAGAUAGAGAACGGGUUCAACAGCGGGGGCAGAUUCACAGCUGGAGCAACUAUCAACUACACCUGCAGCCCGGGUUUUGAGCUGCAGGGCGUCUCUGAGAAUUACUGCCAAGAAAACCAAACCUGGAAACAUCCUGAGCCGUGUGACGUGGCUGUGUGUGAUUAG